AUGUUGGAGACGUCAACACCCACAUCGAGUUCAUCAUCCUGGUGGCGGAGAUGGUGGGCCAUAGUCAUUAAUUAUCACCACCAUCGCCGUUGGAUCCCCAUAUUUACCAAUUUUUUAUCAACCCAUAAAACCUUCCUGGUCGCCCUUUGGUUGGCGUUCUUCUUCACUGUUUUUUACUGGCAGUGGGAUAUCGCAACCGGUGGACUCUUACCCUUCAGGCGGACAUUUCCGUCCCGGCUGUUCCCUAAGCUCCGCCCUGUGGUGUUUAACUUGACAGACUUUGGGGCUGUGGGCGAUGGGGUCCAUGUCAACACGGCGGCGUUUGAGCAGGCGAUUAGGGCCAUCUCGAGGCUCAGGAAGAGGGGCGGUAGUCAGCUUAAUGUGCCGCCCGGCUAUUGGCUUACUGAUGAGAAGUAUUGGCAUCUGAUGCCUCCAUUGCCUUCGUAUGGGUAUGGAAGAGAGCAUCCUAGACCAAGAUAUGGAAGUUUAAUACAUGGUCAAAAUCUCAAAGAUGUUGUUAUUACAGGGUAUAACGGCACCAUUAAUGGCCAGCCUCAAACAUGGUGGAAGAAGUAUCGACAGAAGCUUCUUAACCACACCAGAGGGCCACUCGUGCAAAUUAUGUGGUCUAGGGACAUCCUGAUAUCUAACAUAACAUUACAAGAUUCUCCCUUUUGGACUCUACAUCCCUACGACUGCAAGAAUGUGGUGAUUAGAAAUCUUACAAUUUUGGCACCUAUCUUUGAAGCUCCAAAUACUGAUGGCAUAGAUCCAGAUUCUUGCGAAGAUAUGGCCUUCAGUGACCUUGUUAUUCGCUCAAUGGUCAGUGCGGGCAUAUCAAUAGGCAGUGAGAUGUCUGGUGGGGUGUCAAAUGUCAUUGUGGAGAAUGUCCUCGUUUGGAACUCAAGACGUGCUGUUCGGAUCAAGACAGCCCCUGGAAGAGGAGGACAUGUUCGGAAUAUAAUUUAUCGAAAUCUGACAUUUGAUAAUGUUCGCGUGGGGAUCGUCAUCAAAACAGAUUACAAUGAACAUCCAGAUGCAGGGUUUGACCCUAAGGCUGUUCCAAUUCUAGAGGACAUAAGUUACAGCUCAAUACAUGGCGAGGGAGUUCGUGUGCCAGUCCGUAUUCAAGGUAGUGAAGAAAUUCCAGUCAGAAAUGUCAGUUUUCGGGAUAUGUCGGUAGGGAUUACGUAUAAGAAGAAGCAUAUAUUCCAGUGUGCUUUUGUUGAAGGUCGUGUUACAGGGACAGUAUUCCCAGCUCCCUGUGAAAACCUGGAUCUGUACGAUGAGCAAGGGCACCUAGUCAAAAAAUCGAUCUCUCAUAAUAUAUCAGAUAUAGAUUAUGAUUUUUGA